GUUCCUAGUGUUUUUUUUAUUUAAAAUUUCUGAUAAUCUGUCAUCUUCAGAGCUAUGUAAAGAAAUGAAGAAAAACCCAAGAAACCUUCCAUUUCCAUGCUUCCAUUUUACUGUUUGUAGGGCAUCUCCUUGUUACCUACCACUGAUAACUCCACCCCUUCUUAUUAUCCCCCACACCUCCUCCCUUCUCCAAGCCAGAAUUCCAUGUCCCAGUACUUCCUGCAGAACCCUUCAUCAAAAGUAGAAGAUUAUCGUUGUCGCUUGUUGAGGUUAGGAGGGUUAGGGUUUUCAAGUAGGGGCAGCUGUGGUGUCAGAAAGCUCCACCUGAGCUUAGAUUCAAAGUGCCAUUUGCUUAACACAGAAAACACAGAAAGGAAACCUUAUCCAACUGCAUAUUUAGCUUGCUUUUUUGACAAUGGGGUUGAUUUGAGUUUGUUGGCUUCGACUUAUUUCAUCAUGGGUCGUUACUCCUUUUUUAUCAGAGAUUUAGGGUUAGGGUUUGGUACUUUGGCUCUUUGAGAAGGCGUGGAGAAGGUGGUUCAGAGAUCUGGGCUGUUAAGGCUGCUUUGUGAAUCCAUUCAUAGGCAUAUCUUCAUCAUAAAAAGAAAUGGCGACUGAUCUCAAUGCUGAGCUAUCCAAGAAAACAGGUGUAUUGGGCCUCAAAGUGUGGGUUUUGAUUGGAAUAUGUGUGAUGCUGUCCAUUGUAAUUAUUCUCAGUGUGAUGGUUAUAUGUCUUUUUUCACGGAGGAGGUCAAGAAGGUCUGUUGAUAAUCUUCCCCUUAGCCAAAUUCCCGCUAUUUCAAAGGAAAUCAAAGAGGUAAAGGUUGACCAAGUAUCAACAAAUGAUUUUCAUCCUCGCGACGGGUUUCUUCUCACCAUUCAUGACAAGUCAAGUGACAAAGAGUCGGACAGGGUAAUGGUCCAUUUGGGCAUGGGGAAAACAAAGAAUGGAGAUUGUAGCAGUCAAUCAGGUUCAUUUCAUCAUGUGGAGAAAGAUGGUGCUGGGUCUCAAUCUGGAGAAGAGGGGAGUUCUGGGACGGUAACUGUUUACAAACCAUCUUCUUCAUAUCCCAUAACUUCUCCUUCACCUCUAGUUGGCCUGCCUGAAUUCUCUCACCUUGGUUGGGGUCACUGGUUUACGCUAAGGGACCUGGAGCUUGCAACAAACAGGUUCUCGAAGGAAAAUGUCAUUGGUGAGGGUGGAUAUGGAGUUGUAUACAGGGGUCAACUGAUCAAUGGGACACCAGUGGCAGUUAAAAAGCUUCUGAAUAAUUUAGGCCAAGCAGAGAAAGAAUUUAGAGUGGAGGUUGAGGCAAUUGGUCAUGUGCGACACAAAAACUUAGUUCGACUUCUAGGAUACUGUGUUGAAGGCACCCACAGGAUGUUGGUUUAUGAAUAUGUCAACAAUGGAAAUUUAGAGCAAUGGCUUCAUGGGGCUAUGCGCCAGCAUGGAUAUCUUACUUGGGAGGCCAGGAUGAAAGUUCUCAUUGGAACUGCCAGGGCGCUGGCUUACUUGCAUGAGGCUAUUGAGCCAAAAGUAGUGCACAGAGACAUCAAGUCUAGCAACAUAUUGAUUGAUGAUGAUUUCAAUGCCAAGGUAUCCGAUUUUGGUCUGGCUAAGUUGCUAGGUGCUGGGAAAAGUCAUAUCACCACCCGAGUUAUGGGAACUUUUGGGUAUGUGGCUCCAGAAUAUGCAAAUACUGGUCUCUUGAAUGAAAAGAGUGACAUUUAUAGCUUUGGCGUUGUCCUGCUGGAAGCAAUAACUGGAAGAGAUCCUGUAGAUUAUAGUCGGCCAGCCAAUGAGGUAAAUAUGGUUGACUGGCUCAAAAUGAUGGUUGGCAGCAGGCGCUCAGAAGAAGUUGUGGACCCAAACAUUCAGACAAGGCCUUCAACAAGAGCCCUGAAAAGAGCUCUUUUGACUGCUUUGAGAUGUGUUGACCCUGACUCAGACAAGAGACCGAAGAUGGGCCAAGUUGUCCGCAUGCUUGAGUCAGAGGAAUAUCCCAUACCCCGAGAGGACCGAAGACACCGAAGGAGUCAAGCAGGGAGUAUAGAGAUAGAAAGCCAGAGGGAGAACUCCGACACAGACAAGAGUGAUAAUCCAGAUUCGAGAGCAGAUAGCAGAAAACAGAGGACUUAAUUUUAACAUGAGGGCAAUUCAAAAGAAUCCAAGAAAUAUAAAGUAAUUUUUACAUUCUUUCAACCACCCUUAUCAUUAAAAAGUCUUCCUGCUCAACACCACAGACCACGAGAGUGGCAAGUUGCGACCACAUUCUGGGCAAGGAGGUGGGUGGGAUGAGAGGGUAGGGGGCUCUUUACUCUCUUGUUUUUUUUUUCUUGCGUCUUACUUGUAGAGGCUGGAGAGGAGAUUGUUGUGUAUGAGAAGUGUUAAUGAUGAAGAACCCAAACCAUUGAUGGGCGUGUACAGAGGUCUUUGUAGCUUUUGGUUGUUGAUGAAAAAUGCUCUUCUUGCUGUGAAAAUGGAAAUUGUUUAUUAUUGAAAUCAAAAACACCAUUUGACACC